ACGGGCUGAGACGGAGCCGGGGGAGUGCGUGCGUGUGUGUAUGUAUGUACUGGGGUCGUCCCUUUAGGACUGGUGCUUGCGCUUGUCCCUCGCGCAUGCGCAGCACGGUGCGGAGGACGGCCCCACGCACACCCGUGAGGGGCCCGGCCGCAGCCACGGGCUGGUGGGGCGGAACCGGCGGGGCCCUCCCGGGAGCUCAGCACGGCGGCUGCAGCAGCAGCAGCAGCAGCUGCAGUAACAGCCGCCGCCAGGCGAGCGCUGCCCGUUCGUGUGCGAUGCCCGCCCCGGAUGCUGGGUGUGGGAGGGAAGUUGUAGAAGACGGGUGACCGCACGCGUUUUUUUGGCUUCGAUGCGCCCCCGAUCGCUCCUGCGUUUCAUCUCCAUCUCUGACCUACAGCGUCAGCAGUGCAUGCCGUGCUGCAGCCACCUGACCUGGAGCACUAAUGAAUUUAAAGAAUGGGCCCAUCAAGGACACAGUGCUUUACCCACACAGAGCACUUUGCCAAGGACUUACCUGAUCUUGGUUGGCUAUUUAAUAGAUGGAAGGCAAGAGGACAAUAAGAAGUUGGUAAACGGUUGCCUAUACGUGAAAGACAAUACUGGGAUAAUUCCAUGUGAGCUCCUGCAUUUUGAACUUGAGUGGCUGGAGUCACUGUUCCUCUUCCCGAGUUGGUCAUAUAUACCACAGACAGACCAGACCGCAGCAGGGUAUGUGGAAAUUCUGGUGGAUCCAGUGCCUGUAAAUCUCUCAGAGGAAGUACCCAGCAGCAUUCCAGUCACCUGCCUGGCGUCAGCAGAGCCACUGCUUGCUUCCAGGAUUCCAUGUAAGAAAAGAUCAAAGCUCACUGUGGCAGGUGAAUUGGUCAGACUUGGACCUCUCCUUUGUAUUCACCAAAAGACAUUCUUCUUUCUGUUUCUGAAGUGCUUCACCUCAGCUGUUUGGGUCCCUGUGCUGGUACAGAAGCCCAACCAGCUGGCAUGGCAUCGUAUUCUCCAGUUGGGUCACAGGUACACAAUAACAGCCCUGAGUAUGUCCAGCCUCAAAUCUGGACAAAGGAUACUUGUCACCGAUGUUUCUUCCUGCCUUCUGCCCUACUGUGCAGAGCAGGUGAGGGAGCAGCCACUGGACAGUGCUUGGCAAGGAGAAUCUACUCAGUCUUCUUCCCCUGAGACUGCUGAGCAGCUCAGUGACUCCUUUGAGCUGGGAGUUGAAGAGGAGAAACCAAAAUCAACCAAAGAGUCCAAGAUCAUCUCAUAUGUGGGAACUGUCACCAAAAUACUCAAUGUCCAAGCUGGUCUCUUUUUACUGGAUGACAAAGUCUGCUUGUGCCUUGCUUACCAGCAGAUGUUGAACUCUGCACGUGGACUCCGACCAGGAGCGUGUCUAGAGCUCAUCGAUGUCCACCUCCUGCAGAAGCCUCUGGUAUCCUUCCCUUUCAUUGUACUUGGUGCUUGCCUGAGUAGCACUGUUGUGCUGAAGAGCUUUUCAAGGCUCAGCACCCCCUACCAGCCACCAGCCACUUCAGGAAAUCUCUACCUGCAGCUGCUCUUCCACUACAAUCUUGAUAUGCCACUCUACCUCUGGCUGGUGAGCCUCCUGGAGACAUUUGAGGAGAGGUUUUCUUGUUUCUUUGGGUGCCGUCGACUAGCACUUAGUUCUGCGCACCAAAAACCUGGAACUGCUGAGAAGUUCCUUGUCCCUCUUCUGCAAGCUGUGAUGCCGUAUAAAAAAGAAGCAAGAGAUGUUUAUAAUGAAAUCCUGGAAAAAACGCAUCAGUGUCCACUGCAAAAGUAUCUGACCCUGAAUCCCCCAUGCCAGGCCCCAUCUCUGUCUGUAGCUUGCCGUAUGGCAGAACAGAAGAGCUGGGAAGGCUUCAGUCCAUCACAGCUGCUCUCCCCGUUGGAGGCACAGCACAUGGGCACCCAGGAGCUGAAUCGCAGACUGGCCUGGUCCUACUGCACGCUCUCAGCAGGAAGUUUCCAGCCCCGCCUGAUACUGCUGGGUGUGCUGAGAGUCUCCUCAAGGAGCGGUUCCCUCCAGCUGCAGGACAAGAGCAGCACUCUUCCUUGCGUGAUAUCCCAUAAGGAUGGUAGCCCCUUUGCCAAUACAGCUCUCGUAGGAUCGCUCUUGCAGGUGGAAAAUUACCAGCUUGUAGUGGAGAGAUUCCUUCAGAGUGAUUUUCCUUCCUGGGAGCACCUGGCAAAUCUGCAGCAUGUGAGGGAGAAAAAAAACAGUGUCUAUGUGCAGUUCUACUUUGAGGAUGUUCAGGUUCUCCAUGCUGCCAAAGGACAAAUCCAGAAAGGCCUUAGGAGUGGAAACAGCUCUUCCUUGAGGAUGAAGGAUGAUGGCAGCUUAACAUCUGAGCUGGAAACCCCAAAGGCAAAAAUGCUGAAAUUGGAGGAUCCCAAGCCAGAUACUCACAGAGAGGAGAACUGUCAGGGGGGCCAGAGCAGCACUGAAAAGACCAGCUGUGUAGCUCGCCUAUUCUUGGUUACCCAGAAAGAGGGUCUUAUGUUACGCAAUUACCAACUACGCAGAGAAGAAGAUGGAGAAGGACGGGAGCUGCAGUGCAGUUUUCAAUCCACAGUGCUGUGGCUGGGCAGACCUCGGCUCUGGAGCCACCCCAGAGAAAUCGGGAAUCUAUCAGAGCUGGAGGAGACUGACUGUGAUGGAGAAGAGAGCCUGACACAGCAAGAAGUAAGGCAGGAGGUACUACUGCUCUUUAUGGGGAAAUCUCUACGAUGGUUUCCAUUUCUGCACCUGGAUGGACUGUAUCACUUCAUUGUGCCCUGCUGCUCGGACUUGGAAGUGUUUGACAAGCUCUGUUUUCCACCUGUGCCAUCAAAGUUCCUGAGCAAGUCAUCCUGCCCGCUGUGCCUGCCUGUCCAAGAUACCUGGCACCUACAGCACGAGACAUGGAUCUCCUGUCUGACUGAGCGCCAGCUGGCAGCCAGGUCAGUGCUGACAGGCAUGGACCAGAGAAUUUCCUCCAUUCCAGAAGUACUUAGCAACAGUUUCACAGGUUCCCUUGUUUCUUUCUCUGGUGAGAUAGUGGAGAGGACCUUGUGUGCCUCUCCCAAGAAUGAGAAGCCCUCUGUGACUGUUGGCCUUCAAAAGCAGAAAGGGAGUCUGCUAGCCCGAGAUCACAGCCUGAAGCUCAGCGUCUCAGUUGCUCCAGACUCGCCCGCUGUGAUGGACAUUUACAUUGCUGCCUCCUAUCUGCAGCAUCUCCGGGGUUUGCUACCUGGAGCCAAGAUCCUCUUCCAGAAAUUGGAACGCAAAAUCUCAAGAUUCCAUAAUGUUUAUUGCACAUAUAUUGCCUCCAGCUGCGUGAGCAUCAUAUCUCUGCCAGCUUCUCACCUACCUUUUCCUUCCAGUCCUGCAGGAGAAGCCUCAUCCCCCUCACUAGUGUUUCUAUCCAGCCUGCAACCUCACCUGCAAAACCCGCCCCAGGGACGGAUUUUAUGCCACUUGUCCUGUGUACAGACUCUGUCCUUGCAAUGGGUUUGCUCACUUUGCAACAGCAUCUUCAAAGAGGGGAGGUGUACACGACACAGUCCACCAUGUCCAUCACACACAGGAGUGAGGCAAGCCAGUGCACGGGUGCUGGUGGAGGAUGGAACGGGUGAAGCUUUGGUCCUGUGCAGGAACCAGCAUGUGGCAGCAGUGCUGGGCCUGAGCCUUCUCGAGUGGGAAGCUCUGCAGAACUGUGUGCAGAGCAGGGGCAGAGUGUCCGUUCAGCAUGGGGAAGCUACUGGCACAGGGUGUGUAGAGGAACCCGAAGAUCUCAUUGCUUGCUACCUAAGGAGCUUGUGCAGGAGUCCUCUCAUCUGUCGUCCUAUCCUACUGGAUUUCAGCCUAAACAGGAAGCCUUCCAAGAUCCUGCAGCCUGCUCCAUUGCAGCUGAGAAAUUUUCGCUGUGGUGAGAUGGAGUUUGUGUCGCAAGUGGGACCUCGGCUGAGCCUGCUGUGCCUGAAUGUGGAGGAAGUGGCACAAGACACCUUAAGAUACCUGAACAGUGAGAGGAUUAGGAGGAUAUCUAGUCACUGCCAAGUGGGAGCCACUGUUUAACAUCUCUCCCAGUGGGAGAGGAAUUAUGGAAAUACUUACUGGGCUUGGGAGCUUUUUUUGAUCUCCUUUCCAGUGGGAGGACAGGCCUGUGAGCACAGGGUGAAGAGUGCAGUCAAGAAGCUGCUGUGACUUGUGGAAUUCCUGAAUGAAUGGGCAUUCAAACCAUUGCCACCAGCAGUACUGGGCUACAUUUUGGAAGAGAGAUGUUCAAUACUUCCUACGUGAUAACGGUUGCUUUGGGCCUAGGGCAUACAUGUGUGCAAUAUAUGUGGUGUUAUCUACUAAAUAAAACUAUUAAAAUACUGUUUAAAUAA